AUGGCUCUCCUGCUUCCAUUGAUGGGUCUAAGAAGGAGGAUGAUGCUGCCAGUAUUGAUGAUGAAGGCAGUACGCAGGAUGUUCAGGAAGUUCCUCCUCCCAACUCUCAGCUAGUGUUUGCUGUUAGUUUACCAACGCCUGUGGUUGUUCCUCACCUUGUCCCUACCACGCACUUGGGGACUCCUGCUACUGCGGCCUCUUCUUCCACGAGUAGUCGUAGACCAUUGAACCCAUUGGAUCCUGCUAAUGUGGUAUCCAAGAAGAGGAAAAUGAUGCCCCCCAGUUCUCCUGUUGUCAAACUGAAUGCUCCGGUUACAUGUUCAUUGCCACCACCUAUACUACCUCGUGAU